AUGCCUUCCGAAAAGAUUGAGAUUCGUUGGCAAACGACGUUCGGUAGAGCAAUCAAAGGCGAGUUUUCCAAAACUGAUAGUAGCUGCCAACAGAGGCGCCGCAGGAAUGCGGUGACAACGCCCCAAACUGCAACGAAUACAACCUGGUCGACAUCUGCCAACAACCCCAUCUACGCCGACUGGGUCUACGCCAACUGCCGUCAGUCAUGUGGAGUGUGCGAUCAGACACCGGGGCUUAGAACGACGACUACAACUGCACCAACGAUCACAACAACGGAAGUGGUGGUCGAGUGCAAGGACAAAAUAUCGAACUGUGACGAGUACCAGGACGACAUGUGCACCAAUCCAAGCUAUCAUAACUGGGCUCAUGAGAACUGUCGACACUUCUGUGGAUUUUGUGAAGCAGGUUCAGUGACAUCAAAGACACCACCGCUGACGAAUGCAACAUCAACAACAAGAGAUCCCACCGAGAUUUGCUUCGACAGAGUAGAAUGUGAUAAAUAUGACAUCCGUGAAUCAUGUUGUGGAGCGUACGAGCCCUGGGCCAGAGAAAACUGUGCAAGAUACUGCAAGUUCUGUACUCCUUUGGUAACGCCGGCUCCAGUUUGCCACGACAAUGACCCCAACUGUCUCGCCUAUGGCGAUGACCUCUGCACCAACCCUCUCUACGAUAAAUUCGUCAAGGAAAACUGUGCGGGCACCUGCAAAGUUUGCCAUGAGCCAGAAUAUAUUCCAAGCUGCGCUCAAGGAUCAACUGCAGCAACGGCUCCGCCAACAACAGCAGCUAUCACGACAGCGGCACCAGGUGUUUGCGCGGACCUUAUCGACUGUGUCGGAUAUGACGUCAUGACAUCCUGCUGUAGCCCGUAUGAAGAAUGGGCACGGAAACACUGUCCAAAACACUGCAAAUUUUGUGUUCCUGCCGUUCCCGACGUCCCCAUCUGUCACGACACUGACCCCUUCUGUAGCCAGUACGGACACGACCUCUGCACCAACCCCGCCUACGAGCGUUUCAGACGCGAGAAUUGUGCGGGCACCUGCAAUGUCUGUGACAUGCCUGAGGCCAUCCCUCCAUGUGUCAACGCCACAGUACCUACAGGGGACACUGGAACGUGCGUCAUGGACGGCAAUCACUACCCCCAAGGAAGCUCGUGGGACAGCGCCGACUGCACGAACCACUGUCGCUGCAUCAACAGCCUUACAAACAACAUCCAGUGUGACCCCAUAGUGUGCCCCUCCCCCGUGCCGAACUGUGACCUAGUGCACAUCCCCGGUCACUGCUGCCCACUACUCCAUAACUGUAAACCCGCCCCGGGGGGAUAUAAAAUGGUGGGAUAACUUGAAGACAUGACGGGAAACAUCCGUGGAGAAUGUACUGUGAACGAAUAAAUAUCUACAGACAACA